UGAACUGUCUUUUAGCGGGCGUCUAGCAGUAGAGCGCGGUGACGUAAUGUGAGGGAUGGCCCGGCAGGGCUGAGCUGGACCAAUGAGGAGGGGCAAGGGACUGGUUUGUGUGUUCUCACGCCCAACCCUCAGACCCAGCCCGGGGAAAGUUUCGCUUCUGGGAGGGAGAGGAGCGAACAUGGCAGCGCGUCGGUGGCUUUGGUGUGUUUCUGCGACCGUGGCGGUGGCGCUGCUGCUCAUUUACGGGGUUCCCUCAGCAUCUGCCCAAAGAAAGAAGGAGAUGGUGUUAUCUGAAAAGGUUAGUCAACUGAUGGAAUGGACCAAUAAAAGACCUGUAAUAAGGAUGAAUGGAGACAAGUUUCGUCGCCUUGUUAAAGCCCCACCAAGAAACUACUCCGUUAUUGUCAUGUUCACUGCUCUCCAGCUUCAUAGACAAUGUGUUGUGUGCAAGCAAGCUGAUGAAGAAUUCCAGAUCCUGGCAAAUUCCUGGCGAUACUCCAGUGCAUUUACCAACAGGAUAUUUUUUGCUAUGGUGGAUUUUGAUGAAGGCUCUGAUGUAUUUCAGAUGCUAAACAUGAAUUCAGCUCCAACUUUCAUCAACUUUCCUGCAAAAGGGAAACCCAAACGGGGUGAUACAUAUGAGUUGCAAGUGCGCGGUUUUUCAGCUGAGCAGAUUGCCCGGUGGAUUGCUGACAGAACCGAUGUCAAUAUUAGAGUAAUUAGACCCCCAAAUUACGCUGGUCCCCUUAUGUUGGGAUUGCUUUUGGCUAUUAUCGGUGGACUGGUGUAUCUUCGAAGAAGCAAUAUGGAAUUUCUCUUUAAUAAAACUGGAUGGGCUUUUGCAGCUUUGUGUUUUGUGCUUGCUAUGACAUCUGGUCAAAUGUGGAACCAUAUAAGAGGACCACCAUAUGCUCAUAAGAAUCCUCACACGGGACAUGUGAAUUAUAUCCAUGGAAGCAGCCAAGCCCAGUUUGUAGCUGAAACACACAUUGUUCUUCUGUUUAACGGUGGGGUUACCUUAGGGAUGGUGCUUUUAUGUGAAGCUGCUACAUCUGACAUGGAUAUUGGAAAGCGAAAAAUAAUGUGUGUGGCUGGUAUUGGACUUGUUGUAUUAUUCUUCAGUUGGAUGCUCUCUAUUUUCAGAUCUAAAUAUCAUGGAUAUCCAUAUAGCUUUCUGAUGAGUUAAAAAGGACCCCAGAGAUAUGUAGACACUGGAGGAAUGGAAAUUGGAAAAUGAAAAUGUGUGUGUGUUUGAAAAGAAGAAUGCAAUUUGUGUAUUUUGUAUUACCUCUUUUUUUCGAGUGAUUUAAAUAGUUAAUCCUUUAACCAAAGAAGAUGUGUAGUGCCUUAACAAGCAAUUUCCUGUCAAAAUCAUGAAGUGUUUGGAUACGAUUCUCCUUUUAAUCUUCCCUUCCCAGUGAAUUUUAUGGAACAUUUAUUUUAGUAGAAUCAAGUAUAUUAUAACAAUUUUAAAACUACUUCAUUUUAAUUAGAACAAAGUUCAAAACUGCUUAGUUAACUUUUGGCCAUCUGACUUUAUAUUAUUAUCUUCAGAGUACACAUCUAGCCUUUAGAAAAAAAGACUAGCCAGUCAUCCUCUUCCUUCAUCUUUCCUACUGAAAUAUAGUGCUAUCUAUGCUUCUUGGUGGCUGUAGACAUUAAAAAGUAUCUCUAAAUACAGGAAUAUGAUUUCUGCAUGAGUGUGGUGUUAACUAUGUUGUAUUUGGAAAGAUUUUGGGUUCAUUCUGUCUCCCUAGUUUUCUUUUAUUUAAGAUGGGCCCCUAUCUAAUAAAAAUGUAGCUUAAUUCUAAAAUCAGUAUAACUUGAAAAUUAUCUAAAAUGUUUCUGCAAAUUAGAGAUUGUCAUUAUUUCAUUUGUACCUAAGGAAAAAAAAAUAAGCUCAUCUGGUUAAGUUGAUUUCUGUAUUACAGUUACAACAUAUUUUAUUAACCCUUGUGUUUAGGAAAAGUACUCCCCUAGAUUGGGAAAAGAAAAUCAUGCAAUAUUGAGUUGUUGC